AUGGUAUCUGCUGUUACCUAUGCCGUGUCUUCAUCGCGUGUAGUCAAUAUUACGAUACAAAAUCCAACUGCAGACAAAUUCAAAAAGCUUUAUGAUCAAUAUCCAAAUACACUUAAAUGUCCUUGUUCAUCGCUUACUGUACAGUACAGUGAAUUUGCGAAUUUUCAAGUAACUUUUCAUGAAGUGUGUCAAAGCCCAUUUAUCUCACAAGAGUGGAUUAAUGAAAUCUAUGCCGCCAAUGUUUCAUUCAUUGCUCCCAAUGAUAUCCGAACAUUAAUUAGCAAUUUUUGGCAACUAGUUCGUUCAUUCUGUAGUUUGACAAAAUCUUUUCUCAUUGCUGCAAACAGUGAAUUCAAUUCAAACAAUUUAGUGAGUCUUUUAGCACAACCACAAUUUAUCAUUGAGGCGAAUAUCUAUACAUCUCUGAAUUUUACACUCAAGACAGUAGUAGCAAAGAUGAAGCGAUACAUGCUCAUAUAUCGUGAAACAAUAUUGGUGAAUCGAGCAAUAUCGAGCUUAGGUACUAAUUAUUUCAUUUACUUCAAUGAUUACAAUGGUGAUCCCAUUGCAUUUGCCAAAGCCACGGAUUUCUCAGAUGGUUGCUCUUGUCAACAUUUGAAUGGAUGUCCACGUUCUACUAUGAUUGUUGACGACAAUGAAUCAUUUGAUUCGAUGACGGUACCAGGCAUUAUGUUCGACUGCUUACCAUUAGAUGCCACACUCUCGUCUUCGUUGGAAUGUUUUUACGAUUCAUGGUGUCUAUCCUUAAUUCAAAAUUUGUCAUCAAGUAAUAUGAGACUAUCACCACUAAAUGGUAAAAGUCGUUUCGAACGCAAUACUACUUUAACGAUACUUUUAAAUGAACUAAUAAUUGAAGAAAUAACGGUGAAAUACAACUUUUCAUCUUAUUAUUUUAUUUGCAGUCCAAAAUAUUGUACAUUUUCAUACACUCGCCGAUUCGAUUUAAGUUUUGUCAUCGCAUUUGUUAGUAGUGCGUUUAGUGCUGGAUUACUUGUAUUCAAAUCUAUAGCUCCAUUCUUAGUCAAGCUUGCAUUUAUAAUAAUUUCAUGGAGAAAAAAGAAAAAUUCGGCAAAUGUUGAUGACAAUCAUCAAACCUCAAGUUCUUGUGAGUUAUUAAAAUUUAAAAAAACUACUGCAUAA